CACGUUCCGGGCGGUGGGAACAACAUGGCCGCCAAUCUCUUCUCCCGCGAGAAGGUUCCCCUUCCCAGCGAGCAGCAGCUCAUCCGCCCAGGCACUCUAUGCCCACCGGGAUUUCAUCUGGAGGGUCAUCCCAUGUUCCAGAUGCGGUGCCAGUUGGAGGAGGACGUGCUCAUUCGUGCCAUCACCUUCGUCUCAGCAGCACCCUCGUCCGCGGCACGCUGCGUCGCAGUCGCAGCCGCCAUGACGUGCGGCCACCGUCCCGGCAUCGCCUUGUGCCGCCUGCAAAUCGACGGGCAUGGAACACCCCGCUGGACUGUGCCCAAGAGCGCCGUCCUCUACGGCAUUGAAGAUGUAGUGUAUUUCGAGGGUGGCGUGGUGCCUGGCUUCCACUUCAUCAACAACAAAGAAGACAUCUCGGUGGCGCGCACCAGUGAUGUCCGGGCUCUACACGGGUACUGGUCCAAGGUGCAAGGGCAAGAAGACGACGACGUGUUCUCGACCCUGCCGGACUCCGUCUACAUAAUCCGGUACCUCGUGGUGUCACGAGGCAGGUUGCUAAUGGUGCGCAGGUACUUCACUUGGUCUGGAAGUGAUGUGCACCAGACCCUGCUUUUCAGGGUGUUCGAAUGCCAAAUCAAGUUAAAUCAUCACGGCUUCGAAAUAUAUUCAUGGGCGGAGCUUGAGCGCUUGGAUGGUCGAGCACUCUUCCUGGGGCGAGGUUGUUCUAGAGCUUGUGAGCUGCCUCAGAACAGUGGGAUCAGAGAAGGGAGAAUCUACUUCAUAGAUGAUGUUGGGUGCAAUGAAUCACUGAAGAUGCAGGACAGCAGCCGCUACAAUUGCAUGGACAUGGGUGUAUAUUCCAUGCAAGAACCAGAGUCACCUUGUUUGAUUGCUCCCACCUUGCACCCUGGCUCGUGCUCCUCCCUUUUUGGUGCACACAAAAUUGUGGCCUGCAUAAAACAUGAAGGAGAACUGGAAAUCAAACUAUUUGAGAAUUUGGAGGAAUUACGGGCAUAUGUUGGGGACAGAACUGUUGAAGUGGAGAUCAAAGGAACUGUCCAGCGUUUCAUGCUCGAGCCAUCAUCCAAAUGCCCUCCAGCUAGCAAUCUGGUUUUUCCAUUGAGCCUAUCUCUAUAGUCUACAGUGAUGGAUGCUAAAAUAAAUCUGUUGUGGGUUUGGAGAAAACUAUAAGAGCAUUUUGAGCAGAAUAAAGAGUCUUACUAUGAUAUGAUGUAGGAGAGCGGAUGAGUUUUAUUGAUUGUAAUGAUCUGCAAAUGAUUGUCUUUUCUCCUAUAAUAGUUGAUACAGCUAUGCAAACUGCGUCUUGAUUUGAUUCUA